AGAACGCAGUCGCCCUGAUUAAAAUUUUAAAUCAUCAAAAUGUGUUUCCACCAUUGUUAAAUGAUCCGGAAAACCUGAUCCCCCCUGAAAAGAUAACAGAGGAUGGGACAUUACAGCCACGUAGACCACAAAACGCUUUUUUCAUUUUUCGACAAAAUGUUAUACAUGAAGCAAGACGAUUCAAGAUAAGUAACAUGAGACUUAUCAGUAAAGCUGCGAGCAUAAUGUGGCAGAACGCUAAUAAACAAGACAUUGAAGUUUAUAAACAAUUAGCAGCACAGGUUUCUGCAUUACAUCGACAAAAGUAUCCAAGCUUCAAAUAUGCAUCAGCACGGUCGAACAUCGUCUUCCGAAGACAAUCAAAGAGUUCACCCGCUAAAGCAUUGAACUUGGCCAAAGAAUUUGACCCAUCGAAAGGAUUGAACCUACCUAAUGAACAUUCACAAGACAACCCGUUAUUAGAAUUUAAUAAUCUCGAAUUAGCCAACAAUAAUCAACUCGAUACAAAAAUAAGUAUUCAAAAUUCAUUCAUAAAUCAUCAUCCUCUUUCAAAUCUCUUUUUCGUUGAAUAUGACUGCAUGCCACCGAACAUGGACUUUGUUAAUUAUCCGCAGGCGUCAGAGCUAAGCAACUUUAAUACCGGUUUUCAUGAAGCUUUAAGAUGA